GCUGAUUAGGAAUUAUUGCUGCUUUAUAAGGAAAUCUUGGACGAAAUGUGAAACGAAAUCUAUCCAUUUCGAUUUCACCGAAUGUUUCGUCAGAGUUUUACUUACAUGACCUGGUUUUAUUUUUACUUUUGGGACCUACUUGUGUGUAGAAAGAAGAGAAAUUGAAAAUGAGUCGGCGAGAGAUAGAAGCUAAUAGGAGAAAACUACGUAAUGUAUUUGAAAACAUUUUAAAAGAAAAUCCUCAUGGAAUACUGAAACAGCGGGUGUGGGAGAUAGCUUCCCAGAAACUGCACAAACCUGUUUCCUCUAGGGAUUAUGGGAUUAAGAAGAUGUUACAAAUGUUCGAUGAAUUUUCAGACUUAUUUGUCGAGGAAGAGAGAGAUGGUAAAACAUAUCUGGUCCCAGGAUCUCCCGAAUAUAUUGUUGUAUCUUCCAUCAGUGACGAAAGUGAAGAUUCUGAUAUGGAAUCGGCCAUAUCAGAAAAACUUACAUCUCUUCUGCAAAAUAAACCAUCAGCAUCUAUGCCUCCACCAUCGAUGACGUCGUCCGUUCCAAAGAAUAUAUCCCCCAAAAAAGGCUUGAAUGACUGGCAGUCCAGUCGAACCCAGAGACAAGUUGACAAACUGAAACAGCUGAAGAAUAACCUUGUUAAACUUCUGAAAGCUGAAAGUGGUGCUAUAAGUAAGAAGAAGAUAUGGAACGUGUACAACAAACGCUUUCUCAAUCCCAAGAUGUCCGAUUACGGAAUAAAUAAGAUGGACGAAGUUUUUGCUUUUUUUAAUGAUGUCAUAAAGCAAGAUGGUGAUAUGAUUGUUCUGAAGCAGGCUACUGGUUCUGCUUCUAAAGGUGCAGCUAAACCGGCCCCAAAACCCUCUGCAGGACUGCAGUGGGGUCAAGGUGUGGGUGGUAAUGACAAGUGGGGUGGUGGUGGUGGUGCUGCUGCCACGGCAGCUGGUGAUCCAUUUAGGAAUCGUAAAUCCACAAAGCAAAGCUUCGUUCCACUGUCAUCAUCUUCAGACUCUCUUGACAGUAUAGAUGACUACCCGAACAUCUCUAGAGCACCAAGUCGUCCAAGGGAAAGAGACCUUUCUGCUCAGAGUCGUGGGUCUAGAGAUUCGAGCCUCAGUUCUAGGGAUCCUGAAGACACCAUGCAUGCUGAUAUGAGACAUGAGAUGAGGCCCGAAGUUAAUGUAGCAACACAUGUCUAUGGUGGACUAGUGGAUAGAGUUGGUGGACCAGCGGAUAGAGUUGGUGGACCAGCAGAUAGAUUUGGUGGACCAGCGGAUAGAUUUGGUGGACCAGCGGAUAGAUUUGGUGGACCAGCGGAUAGAUUUGGUGGACCAGCAGAUAGAGUUGGUGGACCAGCAGAUAGAGCUGGUGGAUUAGCAGGUACAGCUCAAGGUGGUGGAUUAGCAGGUGCAGCUCAAGGUGGUGGAUCAACAGGUAUCCAAGGUGGGGUACCAUUGAGACCAACCAUAGCUUUACCGCCACAACCUUUAAUGAAUCUUCAUUUUCCACCACUGAUGAUGGGAUCGUAUUCCCAGCUACGUGGACUGAAUCCCAUGGGUCAACCACUUGUCUUUCUUGGAUCCAAGACAAUGGUACCUCCAGCAUCUACAAGAGGUGCAGAUUCUGUGGCUCCGCCAUCAUCUAUGACACGUGCUACAGCUGGCAGCAGUCUUGUACAGCCACCUCUGGGAAUGAGCACCCAGAAAGAUCUUAUACAGCCAGAAAUGAGUGUCCAGAAAGAUCUUAUACAGCCAGGAAUGAGUGUCCAGAAAGAUCUUAUACAGCAGGGAAUGAUCGUCCAGAAAGAUAUCCUACAGUGGGGAAUGAGCAUCCAGAAAGAGCCAUCAGAACCUGCAGGCAGCAGACCCGCUCAAGGAAUCCCACCUCCUGCAGUAACAAACAAAAACGAGGAAGAUCAAUCGGAAAAUCAGUCGGCAAAAGUACCUCGACCGGCAGCCAAGAAGGAGGUCAAUGUGAAACCGUACGUGUUGAACCGAGGGGAGUAUCUGUCGUUUGAUCAGAUCGACAGUAUAGCGAAGGACUGCAUUGAUAUUUUGUCCGAUGCUGAAGAGUUUGUGUCACCACAGAGGAUUGAGCAGCUGUUGCUGAAGCGUUUUUCCCGAAACAAUCUCCGAGAGCUGAACGUCAACCUGAGGCAUAUUGACCAGCUCAAAUGUAUCAACGAGCACGUCCGUCUGCUCAACAAAGUUAACUUGUACGUCCACGCUUUCGUGAAGUGCCGCUGCAUAUGCUCGGUGCACGAACUCUUGCAGUGCAUGAAAGAGUUCGCCCAGGAUGAUUCCGAUUUCAAAUCGCUCCGACUUGGUCCAAUACAGAAGCUGCCCGUUGUUUACGACCUGUUCAAGUUUCCAGCGGAGGCCGAAGUGCUGGAGAUCACCACGAUCGAUAUUCUGGAGCACCUGCGCAAGUACAUGGAUGUCAAACAGAAGUGGAUGGAGCGGCUGGACCUGGAGGAUGUUAUGCAGUAUAUGGUGGAGCAGUACGCAGUCGACAGUGCGUAUGAACUGGGCGUCAGGAUCAGGAGUCUGCCGUUGUCGGUUCAUAUGAUUAAGAAAUCGCAGCGUGAUGCUGCCGCCACACGCCGGGGUGUGACGGAAUCUUGUAAAGAGGAGCUCAAGAAAGAAAUCACAAAUGCAUUCCAGAAAUUCCGUAAUUCGUUCUUUGAACGUGGCGACGAUGGCAAGUCUGAAGUGAGGCCUCAUUAUUUGAAACAGGGACCCGAGGUGGUGAUCGCAGACAUCUUCGUCAAGUUCCAGCUCCUCAUAUCGAUCGAGGAACCCAGCGACCGCACAGAGAGAAAACGACAGUCGAGGAUGAAGGAAGCGAUCACGAACUUCAUAACACAGGUCCGCAGCGACAACAUCGCGAAGCUGCUCUUCCACUUGGCCGUGUGUGUGAGUAACACAGUCCUACAAGAGUCGGCCAUGGAGAUCCUCAAUCCGCCAGCUGCUAAAGCUCCGGAGAGUGCAGCAGGAGAGACAACUGCAGUUCGUCAACCUCCUGCAAAAGGAGAAAUCUUGGAACGACUGAAGAAAUACCUCGACAACUGUCUCGCAUCUGGCAGCCUCAGUCUCAUGCACCUGGAACGCAUAGAGGAGAAGCUGCUUGAAGAUUUCUGUUUUACCACAUUCCACGCCUUCGGUUUUGGGUCAUUUUUGCGUUUCUUACUUGGUGAUCCAUCUGCAAAACAUUUACUUGAUGAAUGUGGAGGUACAACGUUCGGAUCAUCGUCUGGCAGUCAUGACGGGGAUUCCAUCUAUCGUCCACAGAUCACCAGUUUAUUGGAGUUCAUACGGCAGAGCAAGAAUGCUGGUAUUUCUCAGCUUGAACUGAUUGAAGGAGCUCUAAAGAGUCAGUUCAGCACCACGGACGUGAAACAUCUCGGACACGGAAACAUCCACCGACUGGUGACCGCCGCCGACAAACCGGGCAAACAUAAGGCAAGGGAGUACAGAGUCAUAUACGAGGCAGCAGUGUGCUACAAUAGCAGAUGCAACACGAGCCAAAAGCGAGUUGGAGUGUUGGGCAACAUGACUCGUGAUCAAGCCCUCAUGUGUUUACACAACUGCCCCCUGUUGGCAGAUCUCGAGAAGUUCAGUCACUGGUCGCUAGUGUUCGAACCAGAGCAUGGGAAACUCAAAGAUUUCAUUCAGAAAUAUGGUGGCAUGCACACCAUUUCUCUUGAAGGUGGCCAAAAAACUAUUACCACAGAUAUUCAAGCUCUGGAGGUCAAACCAGGCAAACUGUUGAAGCUUGCAUCACAGACAUCGACGGAGAAAUUUGGAGCUGCCCUGGCACUUAACGAUGUUAUUGGCACUUGCGGUCAUUUGGUGUCUCUGGUGGUGUCGAACAAAGGUCUGGAGAACAUGCCCCUCGCUCUGAUGGCCAACCACAUGAAAACAGCACUGUACAAGUUACAUGCAUCCAGCGUGAUCGCCCAGAGUCCAGGUGCUCCACCACUGAACAGUUCGGAGACAGACCCGGCCGUUUGUUUUGUCCUCGCUUGUCUCACCGUCCUGCCACUCCGCAUUUGUCUCGCUGUCGCCGAUCAGGUGUUUCUUGAGACUCUGGGUCAGGUGAUUGGCUCGACGAAGUCGAAGACGUCACUGCUAAGGGCGUGUCAGACUCCGCAACAACAACACAAGCUGGAGAAACUGGCAUGUGUUCUCGGGGUUCAGGAGUGGGUCGACGGAAUCCACGAUCGCUGCUCACCCCGCCACGAGGACGUUACCGUGGUGAUUUCAGCCAUAGAGGCAGAAGAGAUUGCAGAAGACUUGAUCAUGUUUCCUGAGAGUGAGUCUGAGAGUGAGUCUGAUAGUGAUGACAGCAUCUCGUCCAUUCUGUCUGACGACGAAAGUGAGGACGUCGCUAACAACGAUGAUGAGGAGACGGUAAAGGCCGAGGGUGUUGCCGAUGUGGAUGAUGUCCCAGUCAGAACUAAUGAAGACGUGGUGGAGGUUUCCGAGGAGAUGAAUUCUGAUGAUGAAGUCACUAACGAAGACGUAAAAGAAGAAGAAGUCAUGAUUGUCUCUUCUGGUGAUGAGAACGAGAAUCAAGAAACCAAGGAUGAAGACACAGUAACAGUUUUAACUGACUCGGACGAACCCAGUGACAACGAAGAAGAAAAAGAAGAAGACGAAGAAACGGAAACUGACAUUUGCAAAAAGAUCGUCAACGAAAUCCGCCGCAACGAGUUUGGAAUCGGGAUCCACCUGGACAGUGAUGGGGAGCGGUUGAUGAAGGUCCAACAGGAGCGGCUGGGGCGCAGCUUGGACCGGCUGUCAAAGGAUCUGUACAGCAAGGAUACUCACUUUGUGCUGGAGUUGGUGCAGAACGCCGACGACAACUCGUACCCCGAGGAGAUGAUGCAGGCUGACUCGGCCACGUGUCCCACGGUCAAGUUCAUCAUGGACGAGCAGGGCGUCACGGUGUUGAACAACGAGUCGGGAUUCACCGAGAGCAACGUUCGGGCUCUCUGUGACGUGGGGAGAAGCACGAAGGGGAAACAUAAAUUUGGAUAUAUAGGUCAGAAAGGUAUUGGGUUCAAGUCAGUGUUUCGGGUGACGGACCGACCGGAAGUACACUCGAACGGCUACCACAUUUGUUUUGACGUGAAGAGUGGACCCACAGGAUACAUCCUGCCUCACUGGCUGGAUGAUGCUGAGCAACUAGAUGAAAGCUGGGUCACAAAGAUUUGUCUGCCGCUGAAACCCGAGAUGGCAUCCCAGACUCGUUCCCUUGCUGCGCGGUUCAACGAUGUCCACCCGUCACUACUUUUGUUUCUACACAGACUGAAGCAGAUGAUCAUUGAAAACAAGAUUGAGAACAGUUUGCUGGUGAUGUCGCGCCGAGAUCUCGGAGAGAACAUUAUUGAGAUUGAACACAACGGAAAAGUCGACCGAUUUCUCGUUACAAAGAAGAUGUUGGAUGCUUCUAACAUCUCUCUCCAGGCCAAAUCCGGUAUUGAAGUGGAGUCCACUGAAAUCGCCAUUGCCUUCCCCUUGAAGUCAAAAGACCACAAACUCCAUUCACAGGCAUUGCCACCCAAGCAACCAGUGUUUGCCUUCUUGCCACUUCGAAGCUAUGGGUUUCGGUUUAUUAUUCAAGGUGACUUUGAUGUUCCCUCAAGUCGCGAGGAUGUCGAUCGAGACAGCCCAUGGAACCAGUGGCUGAGAAACGAAAUUCACGUCCUCUUCAUUGAGGCGCUUGAAAAGUUCAAGUCGCUAGAGGAAUUCACAGAGCUCGAGGCACUGAUGACAUUUCUACAGUUUGUUCCCCUGGAAGACGAGAUUCUGGACUUCUUCCGCCCAGUGUCUUCAAGCAUUCUCCAGAAACUGAAAGCCAAAGAAUGUCUUCCCGUGCAAACCAGCAAAAAAGGCUCUAUUCUGUGGAAGAUUCCUUCACAGACAGUGAUCGUCCGUGAUCCGCUCAUCAAGGAGGUUAUCUCCCCUGAGUUGCUGCAGAAGAACCUGAACCUGUAUUACCUGCACGAAGACCUGGCGCAGGUCCUCAACCUCAGUCUCGCCCAGAGUCUCGGGCUCGAACAGAUCACGGUCGAACAUCUGCUCAACAUCGGCAAGACUUUGUCGCAGUCCUGGGAUGGCACGUAUGACCAGCCCGACCAGGUGACGGUUAUUGCGAAAUGGCUGGCGUGUCUGUAUCGCAGUCUGGAUGAGUUUCACGAGAACACAGCAGUGUUUGACAGCCUCAAGACGAUGAAGAUCGUGCCGCUGUCCACGGGGAAGCUGAUCAGCCUGGAUGAGACGACCGUCUUCCUGCCCCCCGGGGACAGGUCCGCAGAGAAGAAGGGGACGACAGGAGGAAAAGAUCUUCUCGGAAGACUUCAACAGGACCUCAGUAUGGUUCACAGCGGCCUCAUCACAACAUCGGACAACGAGGUCAACUCGCAAGUUCUCAAACUCUUGCAACGAGCGGGUGUCAAGCAGUUAUCUCCCUUUGAUAUUGUCCACCAUCACAUAUUGCCCAUACUGAAAUCAGAAGAAUGGCAGAACAAGAGUCGAGAAACUCUAGUCUGUUACUUGAUCUACAUCAAAGAGCAGCUGAGUCGCCAGUCUGGUCUGAUCAACAUGUCUGAGUUGAAGGGCGUGGCUCGCGUUGCCACUAACCACGGGAUGAAGAACCCGGACUCGGAUGCUGUUCACUUCACGACGGUCUUCGGAAACGAUAUUGAUCUUCCACGAUUUCUGCCAGGGUACAACUGGGUUCUGUUGGACAGUGUGUAUCUAGCUGGCUGCAAUCCUCUGGGAGUAAAACAGUGGCACGACUUCUUUGUACAGCUAGGAGUGACCGAUUUCCUGUCCAUCAAACCGGUGUCUGUUCACCUCACAAAAACUGACAUGGCCAACAGCGCCUGGGCUCCGCUGGAAACCGUAUGGCCCGAGUCUGAGGAUGGUUAUUACAUUGAAGACUUUGCCUGUGAAGAGUUCCACUCCCUGGUGACAUGCAACUUGUGUCCUGACAAUAUUGAGCAACAGAUGAGAGUUCUGUUUGACAAACUCAGUCGACGCUGGGACACGCAGUUUUCUGCGUACUCCACCGUGCAGGUGAAAAACAAGUCUGGAUCGGUUCUCAGACCCACGGAGGAUUCAUCGUUCAGCAUCUACUUACGUACGUUGAAGUGGGUGCCCGCAAUUCAGCUGGCGCUAGAAACAACUCCCUUAGGUCUGAAGCUAGUGAAAACGCUGACACUGAUGCAGCCAUCAGUGCUGUACGUAAACUCACCAAAGCUGCAGACGAUCCUCAGCCACAUGGUCAUGUAUUUAGAACCCACCGACAUCACCCCUUCGUUUGCGCUGUUUCUUCGCAUCAAGACGAAUGUGGAGGUGAAAACCGUAAAGGAGCUGUUGAUCGAAUCGGGCGCUCGUAGCGAUAACAAUGGUGAUGAUGGUGACAAGACUGCGCCGGCCAUCUUCAAGACUUGCAUGUCUCACGUGAAGAGCAUCUACCAAUACCUGAACGAUAACCUCGGCCAGAAAGAACUGCAGGAUCUCUUCCACGAGCAUCCAGUGAUAUUCAUACCGGAAAACAACACUCCACCCGACAUGUUCGUUCCAGGGAAGAUGCUCGGCAGAGACGAACUGUGGUGGGUUGAUCAAACGGGACUCUUUCUGUCGUACCGUCGGAGUCUCGUCGACUGCCACUCAGCGCUGGCGAACAAGUUCAUCGUCAGACAUCUGUACUUGGACUGCGAAGACAUGUUCCUGCGCGGCGUGCGUCUGCAGCGCUUCCCGUCGCUCUCUGAAUAUGCGCAGCUGAUGGUUCACAUCACGUCCGUCCUCUCCCCGUCGGAGACGAACGCUCUGGACGACGUCCUCAACAUCUUCAGGCUGAUUGGUCUGUCGAUCCUUGACCAGGACACAUCUGCCGAGCCAUCUGUCCAGAGCAUGUCGCACAAGCUGGAGGUGGACAAGGUGCUGAAGAUCCUCAAGAAACAGAAGUUCCUGCCCACCAAGAAGGACAUGUGGGUUGCCGUCGACGACAAGCCGAUGAUCUCCAACAACAAGGAGCUGGAAGGGUUCUUCAUAGACAAGCCAGACGUCCAUCUGCUGCAGCUCGCGGAGAAGGCCGUCAAAGGAAAAGGUCGAAUUGCGUCACAGAAAGAUGCUGAAAGGAAGCUGGAGAAGACGAUGGCGUUUGUCAACCUGUUUAAGAUUCCCCAGCUCACCGACUGUGUGGUUAUCAACAAGGUGACCGAGAUGAUGGAACCGUGUCCAAAAGUUCAGAAAUACAUGCACAAGGUCACGUCGUUCAUCCAGGCGUUUCUCUACAUGGAAUUCAGCGACAUUUACCAGCAGCUCAUCACCGAGUUGGACAUUGUGCACGGGUUGACAGAAAUCUCCUUCUGGAAGGUUGGAAAGCUUGAAGUGACAUACUCCCUGAAAGACAAGGAUUUUGUUCCCGUGAUCCGGCAGGAGAAAUGUGUGAUGGAGGAUGAGAGAUUCUACUUUCACAAGAGUCACACUGACUCGUUCCCGGAUAUCAACAGAGAGAUUGCCAGAUACUUCAGCUGUGGAAACGAGAAGUGCAUGAAAGAUCUCAGGUCAUUUUUGUCAGAGCUGUCUUCUGUGGUUGAUGACAAGCGUGGCACCAAUGAGCUUCUGAGUCGCCGCGACAUCGAUGACAUCCCUGAUGACGAGGUCACGUGGGAGGUGCCAGCACCAGUGGAAGCCCCGCCCCCAGUUGUCAAACCCAUUCCCAUACCAGAAGUACCUCCAUCUGAUAACAGUGACAGUCACGGAGAAACCAGGGGACCAGCCGGUUUGACGUCAUGGCCGCCACAAGCUUCAGUGGUCGCAGGACCAAGAAGAGAUGGUGAGAAAGCCCCAGUGAGUAAAAUGUGGCCACCACCGAAACCACAAGAUUAUCAGAAAGACUUUCAGGAUCUGCCGUCGCAUAUCAAAAUUGACAGACCUGCUUCACAGCAAGCUUCUACUGGUGAGAGAGGGGAGCCAGGGGAGGCAACCAGGGAGCAUUCACAAGACAUCAAGCGUCAGCACUCUUCCGAGGAAGGUAGAAUUAGACCCGAGAGACAGGAAUCUGCCACGGGGGAUGCCACUGGUACUCAUGGCAACAAGGAGGACCUGGGUGCAGGUGAAAAUCGCAAGAGGAAGCUGGGAGAGCCUGAAAUGGACAGACAGUCUAAGCGUUCUGCCCAGGAAGGAGGUGACCAUUACACCGGUGACCGGCAGUCAGGAGGUCCUAGUAAUAUACACUCGGCUGUUCCUGGUAGUAAAGACUCGGGAGGUCCUGGUUUUAAAGAGCCAGGGGCUCCACAACCACAGGUCACUGACAAAGAUGACGGCAAUAAACGGGAAGCACCUGCUGACGGGGAGCGGACGGAAGCGAGUCCGAUCCCAGCCUCCAAUAAACGUGGACCACCCGAGAGUGAUACUGAGCUGGGAAUCAGUCCGAAGAGACCAGUCUAUUUCAGAGAUCCAGUCUGGACUGAAUCGGACAGUGAAUUAAUCUAUGAAGAACUGGGCAGCGGGUCGACCCUGAAGCUCCCCGAAAUGCCCGUCCAGUCGGACGCGGACAAACCGACGAUGCAGGUGAUCGGUCGGUGGGGGGAGCACCUUGUCCACAACUACCUGCUACAGCAGCGGGAGGUGAACCUGGACAUCACGCGUAUCGUCUGGGUGAACGAGGCGGAAGAGUCUGGACUGCCGUACGACUUCGAGAUUGUCAUCAUAGAUGGGGAAGACGAGAAGUCUGUGUUCGUCGAGGUGAAGAGCACGCUGCUCGACACGAAGCAGCAGUUCGCGAUCUCUGCCAGAGAGAUCCAGUUCGCCAUCAAGCACAAGGACGCAUACCAGAUCUACAGGAUCUUCAACGCCGGGAAGGAUGAUCAUGUCAAACUGCUGAGAAUCGAUAACGUCGCACAGAAGAUGGAGCAAGGCACAGUGAAACUGUUUAUGUUCAUAUAAAGAGAUUUUGUGCAAAAAAUGUGAUUGUUGAAAAAAAUGGAAUAAGGAACAGUGAAACUGUUUAUUUUCAUAUGAAGAGAGUGUCAGAUAGGACUAAAUAUUAUUGAUGAGAAUUGAUAAUUUUGUGUAGAAAAUUGAACAGGAAAAUGUACAACUGGUUAUGUUCAUAUAAAAAGAUAUCAGUUAGAACUACGUGUGGCUGAUCACUAUUGAUUACAUCAUCCAAAACAUGGAACAAGUACAGUAAAACUGUUUAUGUUCAUAUAAAAUAAGAUCAGUUGGCAUUUUAUACAAUUGAUAAAAUCUACAACAUGCUGAAAAUGGAACACAGCACAGUUUCGUACAUUUUUCAUUUCAACUUAUUUUCAUGCUUAUAUCCAAUUACUGUUCAAGCACGCUGCCCUGGGCACACACCUCAGCUAUCUGGGCUGUCAGUCAAAAAUAGUGGGUCAGUUGUUAGUGGUUA